AUGAGUGAUUUUUCUGUUGAAAUUCAGAAUAAAAUUUUUCAAAAACAGAUUAUAUAUCAAGGAUGCAGCGUACCUUUGAAAGAUGUGAUUCAUAUUGAUAACUACAAAUUAAAUGAUGAUAUUAUCGAUGAACCUACUUUAUUAACAUUAUUAUCAAUUGAUAAGAAAGUAUUAAUAAUUAAUAAUACACUCGAAAAUUUCGAAGUAAUUCCGUUAUAUGUAAAUAGAACCUUUAUCGAAAUCAAUAAAGAGAAAUAUCCUGAUUAUUAUGAAAAUACGAGUAUAGAGUCUAGCAACGAGUUAUCUGAAGAAGAAUUUUGUUCCAAAAUUACUGAUCAAUCAAAUAAUAAAUUUAUUACAUUAAUUGAUUUUCCAGGAAUGGGAAAAUCUACUAUUCUAAACAGAUUAUGUCAAUUGCUUCGUAAAACCCAAUAUUGGAUAAUAAAAAUUAAUCUGAAUGAACAUACUAAAAUUUUAUUUAAACUUUCUAAAGAACAUAGAAGGUCUAUUUCAUUGGAUGAAUUUUUAGAUUUACUUCAAUAUCCAGAUGCUCUAGAUGAAAUUAGUCCAGAAUAUUCUGACUUAGUUUUAAAUUCAUUAAUAUCUAUAGCUAGUAACGAUAAUAUUCGGAAGAUUGUCCUAACAUCAAGACCUCAUAUCUUAAAACAUUUGAAGGAUAAAAAUAUGGAAUGUAGUGUAUUUGCUCUCCAAAAAUUUUCUAAAGAAGAAAAUAUCGACUACCUUUCUAACUUGUGGUGCAACAAAUUAAAUAUUGAACCUGACCAAAGCAGUUAUAAACAAAUAAAAGAAUUCGCUAAUAAUUUAAUCAGAGAGUUGGAGAGUAUGACAGACAUUUUUAAAAUCGCGUAUGAAGAAUUUGAAACAACAAUACAGACAGACUUAGAAAUAUUAGAUAGUUCUGAAGAAAGUUCACGUUCUGAAUUUGAGAAUAGUUAUGUUAUUAUACCUUUAUUGAGAAGGCUAAAAUUCUUAUUUUUACCGUAA